CCAUGCAACAAUUUUUGUGAAAUUGGGACGAACGAAACGUAUUUAUUAAAAAUGAGAGCCCUUGCGGUUUCUUUAAUAAGUUUAACUUUAACAGCAGCUGUAAUCGGCAAUGCAUAUUAUCAAAAAAAGCAAUUUUAUCCAAGUGUGGUGUAUAUCACAAAAACAAAUGCUAGUAUGGCUGUGAUAUAUGUACAAGCAUUUAUUUUGGUGAUGCUCAUGGGAAAAUUAAUGCGCAAAGUCUUUUUUGGGCAAUUAAGAGCAGCCGAAUUUGAACAUUUAAUGGAAAGAUCUUGGUAUGCAAUAACAGAAACCUGUCUAGCAUUCACAGUUUUUAGAGAUGAUUUCAAUCCAAAAUUUGUGGCAUUGUUUACGGUAUUAUUAUUUUUAAAAUCAUUCCAUUGGCUUGCAGAAGAUCGAGUUGACUAUAUGGAGAGAAGUCCUAUUAUAAGUUUAUUAUUUCAUAUCCGAGUUUUGGGUUUACUAACAUUGCUAGGAGUUCUAGACGUUUAUUUCUUGAGUUCUGCUUACCAAUCUACUGUAACCAAAGGGGCAUCAGUUCAAUUAGUUUUUGGAUUUGAAUAUGCUAUUUUGUUGACUAUGGUUGCAAAUACAGCAAUAAAAUAUUGCUUACAUGCUGCUGAUCUUCGAUCUGAUUUACCAUGGGAUGGAAAAGCGGUACUAUUAUUAUAUACUGAGUUGAUUGUUGGAUUUAUUAGAGUGUUAUUAUAUUUAGCAUUUGUUGCUAUUAUGGUUAGAAUAUAUACUUUACCACUCUUUGCCUUCAGGCCAAUGUAUUAUACAAUGAGGAACUUCAAAAAAGCAUUUAAUGAUGUUGUACUAUCUCGAAGAGCUAUUCGUAAUAUGAAUACUUUGUAUCCUGAUGCCACAAGUCAAGAGCUAGCAGAUGCAGACAAUGUUUGCAUUAUAUGCCGGGAGGAAAUGAACAAUAAUGCAAAGAAGCUUCCUUGCAAUCACAUUUUUCAUACUGCUUGUCUUAGAUCAUGGUUUCAGAGGCAACAAACAUGUCCAACAUGCCGACUUGAUAUUUUGCGUCCUGCACCUACAAACAAUGCAGGACAGACCACACCUGCAGCACAACAAGGAGAGAAUGCUAAUACACCAGCAGCUGAACCACAAGUGCAUGCAGCUCAAAACAGAAAUCAGACAGAUGCAGCAGCACCCAUACCUAAUGCAUUUAGUUUUCCACCUGGUUUUCCAAAUUUAAUAGGGUUUCCAAAUUUGCCUGGUAUGCCUAAUUUACCUGGUAUGCCUAAUUUGCCUGGAAUAAAUAAUUUGCCAGGUAACAAUUCUGGAAAUAUUCCAAAUCUUAGUGGUUUUCCAAUGCCACCAUUUGGGGCUGUGUUCACACCGCCUCCAGUACCACCCAAGGACCUUGCUACUCUUUCUGAUGAAGAAGUGAGAGCUAUGGAAGGUCAUGAAAGGUGUCAUGUUGAAGCAAGAAUUAAGUACAUACGAGAAAUUCAACUGAUGUUAGAUACAUCCAUUGCUCUUAUGAAUAACUAUCAAACAAUAGUAUCAAGGCUGCCUCCUUAUAUACCGGAAAAUCUUGAAAAACAGUCAGAUGAUGUAAAUGAAUCUACACAAGCUUCAAGCAAAAGUAAAUCUAGUAUAAACGAUCCAGGUCCUUCUACAUCAAAGAUUAAUGAACCAAGUACAAGCAAUCCAACAUUAGUAAAUGAUACAUUAGAGCAAACAAUUCCUUCAGGGCCAAAUGAUGAAAUAAGAAGACGACGUUUGAGACAUUUUGAAAAUAACCAAUAAAACAAUUUUAUAGAAUGUA